AUGGAGAGAGCGAAGGCUCCAGGGGUAAGUGCAAGAUGGUUUGCCUCCACACGACCAAAACCAGUGAAGCCCAGCACAUAUAUUCUUUAUCAAGAAGAACUGAUAGAGAAGAAGAAAAAGGAGAUUGCAGCCAAAGCCCAGCAUCAAACCAAGCAGCCGCAGCCACAGCCAAGUGUAGCACCUCAAGAUUCAGUCUCUCAGAGUGCAUCCUCAUCUGCAUCCAACAAGUUUGCAAAUGAUGGCAGCUUCUUGCAGCAAUUUCUCAAGUUGCAGAAAGACAAGUCAAGCAAUGAAAACUUAUCAAGCUCUUCUGGAAGCUCAGGAACCUCUCAGAAAAAGCCCAUCUUGAUAGGAAAGAGGCAUGGGCAUAUAGAAAGCAUGCUGAACCAGAUGAAGAACUAUUCCCAUACAAAACAGACUCCCACAUUGAACAGGCUUAGUGUCUUUAAGUCUCCUGAAGAAGAUGAUGAUGAUGAAGAGGAUUAUGAGCAGUGGUUGGAAAUUAAAGUUUCACCCCCAGAGGACUCAGAAAUCCGAAAGGUUGUGGAGAAGUUAGCCCGCUUUGUAGCAGAAGGGGGACGAGAGCUGGAAAAAAUGGCAAAGGAGGAUUAUAAAGACAACCCAGCAUUUGGAUUCCUGCAUGACACAAACAGCCGAGAGUUCCUCUAUUACAGAAGGAAACUGGCAGAGUAUAAAAAGGAAAGCAAAGACCCACAGAAAGAGGCAGCCAACAAUGAUGAUGAAGAAAGCAAGAUGUUUGCAGAGAAACUAGCCAGAUUUGUGGCAGAUGGGGGUCCUGAGGUAGAAGCUAUUGCUUUGCAAAACAACAGGGAAAAUCCUGCCUUCAGAUUUUUGUAUGACCAAAAUAGCAGAGGUUUUAAGUGGUAUAAACUUAAAUUGGAGGAGUAUAGACGAGCCAAGCACCAUUCAACUGAUCCUCCAUCGGCAACAAAUUUCAAACAUAAAUUAACCCCAGAGACGAGCAACUCUGCACUUCCAUCAACCUCGUUGCAGACCCCCACAGUCUCCGACAUUGUUAACACAGAGCAAACAGCUAUGAAAAGAAAACGCAAGAGCCGUUGGGGUCCAGAAGAUGACAAAGUGGAUAUGCCACCUGCAAAUGUAUCAACAGACCCUCCAGAUACCAGCCUUUUAACUGCUCAGGAUCUAAAGGGCCUUGGGUAUGACAAGGGCAAGCCAGUGGGACUGGUAGGAGUAACUGAACUCUCCGAGGCCCAGAAAAAGCAGCUGAAGGAGCAGCAGGAGAUGCAGCAAAUGUACAACAUGAUUAUGACACACAAGCGAGCUAUGCAGGAGGUGCAACUUAUGUGGGAAAAAGCCAUUAAACAGCACCAGCAUGAGUAUGAUAGUGAUGAAGAGGUUGACAAUGAGUUUGGGACAUGGGAGCAUCAGCUGCGUCGCAUGGAAAUGGACAAAACCAGAGAGUGGGCAGAGGAGCUGACAGAGAUGGGACGUGGGAAGCAUUUCAUUGGAGAUUUUCUUCCACCAGAUGAGUUAGAGAAGUUCAUGGAAACUUUCAAAGCUCUGAAGGAAGGUCGGGAGCCAGACUAUUCUGAGUACAAGGAGUUCAAAUUGACUGUAGAAAACCUUGGAUAUCAGAUGCUUAUGAAGAUGGGUUGGAAGGAAGGAGAAGGCUUGGGGACUGAAGGUCAAGGAAUCAAGAAUCCUGUUAACAAGGGUACUACGGCAGUUGAUGGUGCAGGUUUUGGCAUUGACCGCCCUGCAGAGUUGAAUAAAGGUGAUGAUGAAUAUGAUGCAUUUCGUAAAAGAAUGAUGCUGGCAUACCGUUUCAGGCCCAAUCCACUGAAUAACCCCAGGCGUCCUUAUUACUGAAGGUUCAGCACAAGAUGCCUAUUACGGAACUGUGAUCUCUGCAGAAGUCUCACCAUCUCCCUUUCUGGGAAAAAGUGUUACUGUACUUUGAGUUACUGGAUGGGAGAACCUUUCUGUCUGAUAGUAUGUAAGGACUGCUGCUAACUUCAGUUGGCACACAUAGCAACCACAUGUACCUUAUGCAUUCCCUCACAAUUAGCUGUCACAGAAAGACUACUUAAUAAAUCUUUUUAGUUCACAAACUGUCUGUUCAGUCAUUUAAAAAAAAAAAAAAAAAA